AUUCCUAAAGUUGCACCUCAAGAGCUGUUUUUUAAGAAAUGUUCAGUUUUGAUUGUAUAAAGUAUUGAAUAGUUGAUAUGAAAAUUAGGUGUUAAACUGCAAUUUAAUUAUGACAAUCAACAAAAAUGUGUUCAGAGAAUAUUGGUCAUGUGACAGUCACGUGAGCAUUUGAUAACGAACAAACAUAUGCAAACUACCAGCACAAUUUGUAAACAUUACAUGACUGCUGGUAAAGCGGAUCAUAUUUAAUAGUUUGGUGUAAAGAAAUGAAUAAACCGGACGUCUUACUCGUUUUUAGCGGGAAGAGAAAAUCUGGGAAAGAUUUUGUAACUGAUAUUUUGCAAGAGAGGUUUGGGUCAGCUUUGUGUGAGAUAUUGAGGCUUUCCGGUCCACUUAAAGAACAAUAUGCCAAGGAGAACAACUUGGAAUACAGCAGGCUUCUUGAUGCCACAGAGUACAAGGAAGAGCACAGAGCUAAGAUGAUUGCCUGGGGUGAGGAGCAGAGACGAAGAGACCCUUCAUACUUCUGCUGUCUCGCUAUAGAAUCAGCAUCUUCAAAUCACAGGGUCUGGAUUAUCAGCGAUGCACGGAGACGAACUGAUGUGAAGUUUUUCAAGGAGACGUUUCCAAGACAAACCCUAACAGUCCGAGUCUUUGCUGAAGAGAGCGUACGAGCAGCGAGGGGGUUUGUCUUUACUAAAGGUAUUGAUGAUGCAGAGUCAGAAUGUGCCCUUGAUGAAGGAGUGACAUGGGAUUUUAUUAUUAACAAUGGCAGUGAUAAAGCUCAACUUGAACCUCAACUAGAAAAACUUAUCAAUUGUAUCCACACCAAACUGUUCACAAAAUCUUAGUAAAAAAUAAACAAAGGUACUUCCCUCCACACUCAUCUUUUCAAAUCAACU